CUUAAUUCGACUAGAAUUUGUAAAUCGCUUACAGGUUUCAGAUGGCUUUGUUCGGAUUCAAUAUGCCGAGUGAGGCUGGAUUGCGCAUACUUCUUUGUCCACUUGGUUCCAACAUUGUUGUUCGAACAGCAUGCUGUUCUGUUGGGACUGUUCUACCUGUUUACUCUACUUUUAAAGCAAUUGAAUCGAAAAAUCAAAAUGAGCAGCAAAGGUGGCUUGUGUAUUGGGCAGCUUAUGGAUCUUUUAGUAUUGCAGAAGUAUUCACCGAUAAACUUAUCUACUGGGUUCCACUCUACUAUCACAUGAAGUUUGCAUUCCUUGUUUGGCUUCAACUUCCAUCUACCGACGGGGCAAGGCAAUUGUAUAUGAGUCAUCUGCGUCCUUUCUUCUUGAGGCAUCAAGCUAGACUCGAUCAUAUUGUGGGGUUUUUAUAUGGUGAAAUGUCUAAAUUCAUUAGUGCACACGAAGCAGAGUUUGAGUGUGCAAGGACACUUCUGAUGAAGAUUCUAGUGGCAGCAAACCAGUUGGUUGGGGAUAUCAUGCACCCAGGGAGAAGGCAAGCACAUGGUGCGAUUGAAGGCCCAACAAGGCAGGUAGAGACUUCAGACUCAGACUCAGAUGGUGAUGAAUGAUGCAAUCUGUUCUUCCAACCAAGCAUAGGUUGUCUGUAAAAUUGUUUGGUCUGCCUGUGAAAGAUGAAUAUUUUUUUAUAACUUUGAAGAAUCGAAG